AUGAAGGUGACAUCGGGGAACCAGGGCCAGCAGGCUUUACGGGGGCUGGAGGAAACCCUGGGGAACAUGGACCAUCAGGGACUGAAUGCCACAAGAGGAGAAAAGGGCACUGUCGGUUGGAAGGGUGAUAAGGGGCCUUGUGGGGAACUUGGGAAUGCUGGAAAGAAAGGAGCUCAAGGACCAUCCGGACUUGAGGGUUUUCAAGGGAUUGUUGGAGCAACAGGACUUUCUGGGCCCAGUGGACUCGAUGGUGGAACAGGAGAGCAAGGAAAACAAGGAGUAGAUGGACCCAAGGGAGAGAGAGGGUUGACUGGUUUUGAAGGCUUGAGGGGCCCUCGAGGUGAGAAGGGUCGAGAGGGGCAGUUGGGCUUUACUGGAGUGCCUGGUCCAAUUGGAGAGAUGGGGAAAUCUGGAGAUGGAGGGCUGGAAGGAGAGCCUGGUAUUAAGGAUCAGCAGGCCCACAGGGACCAAAGGGAAAUAUGGGGCAGCCAGGAAGAAAGGGAAAUAAAGGGGUUCAAGGCAAACUUGGACCUGGAGGGGUCCAGGGAAGACCAGGAUUAUCAGGACAACAUGGGAAUCCAGCAAGGCCUUUCUGGUUUGGAUGGAUUACUCGGAGUUGAGGGUAAUGAAGGUGAUCUUGGGGACAUUGGCUUUAAGGGUCCCCAUGGGACAAUCGGCCUCCCGGGAGUCAGGGGCAAACCAGGGGCUCAUGGACAUCAGAGGCUCAGACAAAGACAUGUGAGAGCAAGGCCUGAAGAAGAUCCGGUGACCGAAGGCCACCAAAAGACUCACAGACAACGGCCCAAGAGGUUACAAACAAAUGAUCAAUCUUCAAUCUGGCCACUCGGUUACUAUUUCAUGGACCCAAACCAAGGCUGUCCAUACGACGCUUUAAAGGUGUUCUGUAACUUCACGGCUGGAGGUACAACAUGUUUAAAACCUCAAAACCCACAGAAAAAUAUGCAAUGGAAACUUGAGAAAAGUUCAAUCAGCUGGUUAAGUCAGGAACACGGGGGAAACAAAGUAAAAAGCUUCUGGCCACAAUCGUUUAACGAAAUGAAGACAAGCCGUGUGAACAAAGACAAGAAGGACACUCUCUCUGAAGUCGCUGAGGGCGCUCAAGAUGGAGGCCAGGCUGAUUCUGACAUACCCGAUGGAUUAGACCCUGCUCUUGCUAAAGCGCUCAGCCUUAUGACGGCCAAUAUUAUAAAAGUGAUUGAUGAAAAACUUAGUCCACUGGCUGAGACUAUUCACAAACACGCCGCGGAGCUCCAGACUGCCAGUAAACGGCUUGACGAAGCAGAGGCUAGGCUGCUAGCUACAGAGGAGGCAGCUGCCACGCAUGAGCCCCGUAUUAUCGAGCUGGAAAAGCAGGUCAGUGCCUUGAAGAACAGUCUGGACAUGGCGGAAAACUACAACAGGCGCUUAAAUAUUCGUGUCGUUGGCCUGGCAGAAGAUACUGAGAAGGGACAACCGGUGGAUUUCUUUGAGACUUGGCUGCCCAAUGUGUUAAAGCUGACCACCAAAGCCGGGCGCGUAAAGCUCGAAAGAGCCCACCGCUCCCUCGCACCGAAACCGGACCCAGACAAACGUCCCAGAUCGCUACUGCUCCGGUUCCACUCAUUCCGAGACAAGCAGAGAGUAAUGGAAGCGGCGCGCAGAGCCAGCAAUGACGGUGGUUUGAUUCACAACGGUUCCAGGCUGUCAUUCUUCAGUGAUUUUUCCUCUGCGGUGGUGAAGAGACGUAAAGAGUAUGAUGCGGUGAAGCAGCUGCUGCGGGAGCGUGGGAUUCCUUAUGCCAUGUUGUUCCCAGCUACUCUCCAGGUGACCCAUGGAGGCUCCAGAAGGAAAUUCACUACACCAGGGGAGGCUCACGACUACAUAGACACCAUGUCUGGAUGA